UCGCCAACCCUUCGCUGCGAUUGGUCCAAAGUAUAGGUGUGUCAGGAGGUGUGCUCGGUCGUUCGCUCUCUGCCGACGUCAUUUCCUCCGAGGGGGCGAAGGGCGUGUUGACAGAACCAGGGCCGCGGUCCGGACGCUCGGGCAGCGGCUUCGCUCAUCGCACCGUCUACCGACUUCACCCGCACCGCAAGUCAAACGAGCGCCCCCGGGAUUCGUCAUCUGGAAAUGCUCGGGAGCGAACUCUCGGCGUCUGGUGAGUGAGGUCGUCAGCCGGCCAUGGCAGGGGAUCUCUACUGCCCCCCAUCCCCACUGGGGGACUCCCUCUUGGACAGCCCGCUGUGCGCUGACCUCAUGGAGGAUCUUCACGACAUCUCCCAGUCCAUCGGGGAUGAGACUCUGGGCUUUGAUUUCCCAGAGUACCAGCGUCCCGGUUCGGCGUCAGAGAGCUCCAUCGCACUGGACACGUUAACCCCGGCUUCCAGUCCGUCGCCGGGUGGCAUCGGUGAGGCGCCGCAUCCCGACGAGGUCUUGGGCCCCCUCACCUUGGAGUGCCGGGUGUGUUCGGACAAAGCGUCGGGGUUCCACUACGGCGUGCACGCCUGCGAGGGCUGCAAGGGUUUCUUCAGGAGAACAAUCCGGCUCAAGUUGGAGUAUGACAAGUGCGAACGGCACUGCAAAAUCCAGAAGAAGAACCGAAACAAGUGCCAGUACUGCCGCUUCCACAAGUGCCUUUCGGUGGGCAUGUCCCACAACGCCAUCCGCUUCGGCCGCAUGCCCCAGGCGGAGAAGAUGAAGCUGAAGGCGGAGACCAAGAUGGCGGAGAAGAAGAAGGAGGCCAGACCCACGCUGGCCGACCACAAGGUUCUGAUCGGGCGCAUCCACGAAGCCUACAUGAAGAACUUCAACAUGAACAAAGCAAAAGCGCGGCUCAUACUCACCGGGAAGACCAGCGAGCCGCCUUUUAUUAUCCACGACAUGGAGACAUUCCAGCUCGCCGAGAGGACCCUGGCCACACGCGCGGCGUCCAAGGGGGAUGACGCGGAGCCCGAGAGCGGCCUCCCGGCUGGGGUUCUGGUUGCCGCCGUGGGAUGCGGCGGGCUCCAGCAGAGGAAGGCCGAAGCGCGUCUCUUCCACUGUUGCCAGAGCACCUCCGUGGAGACGGUCACUGAGCUCACCGAGUUUGCCAAAGCCAUUCCCAGCUUCCAGGACCUCGAUCUGAAUGAUCAGGUGACUCUCCUCAAGUACGGUGUUUACGAAGCUCUCUUCACGCUCCUGGCCUCGUGCAUGAACAAAGACGGCCUCCUGGUGGCGCGCGGCGGCGGCUUCAUCACCCGUGAGUUCCUCAAGAGCCUGCAGCGGCCCUUCAGCGACAUGAUGGAGCCCAAGUUCCAGUUCGCCACGCGCUUCAACUCCCUGGAGCUGGAUGACAGCGACCUGGCUCUCUUCGUGGCCGCCAUCAUCUGCUGCGGAGACCGUCCAGGUCUUGUGGAUGCGACUCUGGUGGAGCGGCUCCAAGAAGGCAUUGUGCAGGCGCUACGGCUCCACCUGCAGGCCAACCACCCAGACGAUGCCUUCCUCUUCCCAAGAUUGUUGCAGAAAUUGGCCGACCUCCGGGAACUGGUCACAGAACACGCUCAGCUGGUGCAGGAAAUUGAGACCACGGAGGACACGUCACUUCACCCCCUCCUCCAGGAGAUCUACAGGGACAUGUACUAAGAGAUGGCUCAUUUGCCUGCUGUCUCCCUGAUCAGUAUACUGUAGAUUAUUAUUUUUCGGGAGAAGGGAAGCAGUCAAGAUAUGGGCCAGAGAUAACCAAAAAAAAAAAAAA